UACCGACUCGAGAUUGAUUAAUUUCCCAAAUAUCAAGAUGGUAUUAAAGAUAUUGGUUACCUGGAUGCUUCUAUUCGCCGUAAUAGAAAGCUCUAUAGCAGCUCCUCAUAGAGCUCAUUCAUUUCAACACCAUCAUGGUCCGGUUAAAGGUGAUGCCGUGAAAGUAACGUGGAAAGAUAAACAUGGUCACGAAGUAGAAGACUACAAAGCUCAUCCGUACUACAAAUUUUCUUACGGAGUUGAGGAUGAACACACAAAAGAUCGUCAUGGUCAAAAAGAGCAUCGAGACGGUAAAGACGUAGAAGGGGAAUAUACGAUUCACGAGCCUGGUGGCAAUAUCAGAACCGUCAAGUACCACGCGGACCAUCAUGGUGGUUUUCAUGCUAUAGUACACAAUUCCGGAGGAAACGACCACUCCGGCGGUACCUACGGCGGCCACGGGCAUAGUUGAUAAAUCACUGCUAACCACCAGUGGUCUGUGAUACGAAUCAUUAUUAAUCGUUACGAACCCAACGUCGACUUGUCGUCGUCUCGCCACCAUUUAUUUUUUUUGCUGUUGAAAAUAAAUUGUUUUCAUUAUCGUCGUUA